GGGAAUCCUCCAGCAAUCCCGCCGAAUCUCCGCAACUUCAGGAAAGCCGAAUCCAGGGAGACCACAGGACGCUAUCGGAAGACGACGGACAAUACGUGGAGAAAACGCCGACAAACCAGCAGCCUGAGAUUGAGGAGGAAACGUCUCUGGAUCUCCUCAUCGAGGAUCAGGACGCCUUGCUGGAGAAGCUGGACAAUUGGAAUUUUCCCAUCUUCAAUCUGAUGGAGAAGACCGGAGGGAAGUGUGGGAGGAUCCUGAGUCAGGUUUCCUACACCUUGUUCCAGGAUACAAGAUUGUUUGAAAUCUUCAACAUCCCUCAACGAGAAUUUCGUAACUUCUUCCAGGCGUUAGAGAACGGUUACAGAGACAUCCCCUACCAUAAUCGGGUCCACGCCACUGAUGUGCUGCACGCGGUUUGGUAUCUGACCACGCGGCCGAUUCCAGAAUUUGAGGAACUCCCCAGUGAGGAGACAGAUGCAGACAAUGUGGGCCUCGCUCAUGUCUUUCUGACCUCAAAGAGCUGUCAAGACACUGACAACAGCUAUGGAUGCUUGGCAGCCAACAUCCCCGCCCUGGAACUCAUGGCGCUCUAUGUGGCGGCAGCUAUGCACGAUUAUGAUCACCCGGGUCGCACCAAUGCCUUUCUUGUGGCCACAAAUGCUCCACAGGCUGUUCUGUAUAACGAUCGGUCGGUCCUGGAGAAUCACCACGCGGCCUCCGCCUGGAACCUCUUCCUGUCCCAGCCGGACUACAACUUCCUAACAUACCUGGACCACGUACAGUUCAAGCGGUUCCGCUUUCUCGUCAUCGAAGCCAUCCUUGCCACCGACCUCAAGAAGCACUUCGAUUUCCUGGCCGAAUUCAAUGCAAAGGUGAACGAUGUUAGCAGUAACGGCAUUGACUGGACCAAUGAGAAUGACCGCCUUCUGGUGUGCCAAGUGUGUAUCAAGCUGGCCGAUAUUAAUGGGCCGGCGAAGACGCGGGAGCUGCAUCUGAAGUGGACGGAAGGGAUCGUCAAUGAGUUCUAUGAACAGGGGGACGAAGAGGCGAGCCUGGGUCUUCCCAUCAGCCCCUUUAUGGAUCGUUCGUCUCCCCAGCUGGCCAAGCUGCAGGAAUCCUUCAUCACGCACAUUGUGGGGCCUCUGUGUAAGUCGUACGAUGCCGCCGGAUUGCUGCCGGGGAAGUGGAUGGAGAAGGAGGAGGAGGAAAUGGAGAGUGAAGGUGACGAUGACGAGGAUGGUGAUGACUUUGAGUCGGACGAUGAAGAGGUGGACGAGGACAAUCCCGAGCCACAGAGGCGGAAACGUCGGAGGCGGAUGUACUCGCAGAUCAUGCACCACCUCCGGGAGAAUCACAAGAUCUGGAAGAAGACCAUCGAGGAAGAGGAGAAGGCCAAAGCCGACAGCGGCAAAGCGCCGGGCCUCGAAGGAUCCGAUGAAAUCCAGGUCAUCGAAGAAGCGGACGAGGAGGAGGAAAGACAAUCGGGAGAGGAGAGGAGAUGCUGAAACUUUUUCUCAGAGUUGCGUCGGGACGGUGCGGCCGACGUUUUUGCCGCCCCACCGCCAGGCGUUUCACGUACUGUAAAAAGUUGCAAGAAAGAAAAAAAAAG